AUGACUGGUCGUGGUAAAGGUGGCAAAGGCUUGGGAAAAGGUGGCGCUAAACGUCAUCGUAAAGUGUUGCGUGAUAACAUCCAAGGUAUCACCAAGCCUGCAAUCAGACGUUUGGCUCGUCGUGGCGGUGUAAAGCGUAUCUCUGGAUUGAUUUACGAAGAAACCCGUGGUGUCCUGAAGGUGUUUUUGGAAAACGUUAUUCGUGAUGCUGUCACCUACACUGAACACGCUAAGCGUAAAACCGUCACCGCUAUGGAUGUCGUCUACGCUUUGAAGAGACAAGGCCGCACUUUGUACGGUUUCGGCGGUUAA